GGUUCUCAGAGUAUUCGGUCCUCAGCGCUCAUCAUCUUCUCCUUCAUGUUUUGCUUAUAUUUCGGAAUAGAGUUUUGGGCAACGGAGGGGUGAAUGGAACAAGGGAUGGCUGCGUGCCGAGGUAUUGUUUUGCUGUCGCUGCUGUUCGGAAUUUGCACCGCUCUUCCUGGUCGAAUUCAUGUUGCGGGACUGUUUGAAUCCGAAGAUGAUGAGCUCGAACUGGCAUUCCGGAUCGCCGUUGAUUGGCUCAACACCGACGAAACGCUCCUGCCGAACUCCCGGAUGGUAGCACUCGUCGAGAAACUCCACUCUCAGGACAGCUUUAAAGCGACACAAUUAUGUUGCGGCCUGCUGCAAAAAGGGGUGGCCGCCAUCUUCGGUCCCCAGAAGGAACCCACGCGCAUGCACGUGCAGUCCAUCUGCGACGACCUGGAGGUCCCCCACGUGGAGUCCAGGUGGGAUUGGCGGCUGCUGAGGGACCAACUAUCCGUCAACCUGUAUCCACACCCCAGCGUCCUCAAUUCCGCUUUCGUCCGCCUCGUCAACGUCUGGGGCUGGAAGAAGUUUUUCCUCGUCUACGAAGAAGAUGAAGCAAUUGUGCGGAUGAAGGACUUCCUAGCCGAAGGAGAGAAACAAGGCUGGGAUAUAAAAAUGUAUCAAUUCCGCAACACUUCAAGCUACAGAGACACUUUCUGGGAAAUCAAGCGUUCCACCCGAGUGAGAGGUAAACCCAGCAUCGAUGCAGACUACCGUAUCGUAUUGGACGUAUCUAGGAAAAAUUUAUAUACAGUCAUGAAAGCGGCACAACAAGUUGGAAUGAUGACUGAACAUCAAAAAUAUCUAAUAACAUCUUUAGAUUUGCACACAGUAGACAUCGAGGAUUUCCAAUACGGCAAGACCAACAUCACGGGCCUUAGAUUAGUACAAGAAGAUAGCCAAGAAUUCCAAAGACUGCUUGAAGAAGUGAACAAUAGGCUAACGAGACGGAGGGACCAACCGGCUUUAAAAACUCUUAAGACUGAGUCCGCGUUGAUGUACGACAGUGUACGUUUGCUGGCCUUUGCAAUGGAGCAAGUGGACGCAGCGAAAAACAUUGCUCUAUUUCCUCCAAUAUCUUGCAAUCUUAUGAAUAAAGGAAUAGAUGGGACCAGCCUUGUGAACUUCAUGAAGAACGCAAAAAUGAAGACUCCUGGUUUAUCAGGGCUAAUUGAAUUUGACGCGGAAGGAUUUCGUUCUACAGUUUCUUUUGAUGUAAUGUACACGACUCCAAAAGGACUUAAAAAGAUUGGCACCAUUCUACCCGGUAAUCGGAUCAACAUCACUUCACCCGAUUCUUCGGAAUUCGAGUUCUUGGAAUUGGAACAUUCUCAUUUCCGAGUGACCACAGUUAUGAGUGAUCCCUAUGUGAUGCUGCGAGAAUCGUCCAAGCAGAUGAAGGGGAACGAUCGGUAUGAGGGGUACGGCAUUGACUUGCUGAAUGCCCUAGCUGACAGACUGCAUUUUACUUACGAGAUACAUCCGGUGAAGGACAGUAAGUACGGCAAAGAAGACCCAGUCACUGGGAAAUGGGACGGCAUGGUUGGAGAAGUCGUAUACGGUGAGGCCGAUCUAGCUGUGGCUGACUUGACCAUCAACUCCGCCCGCUUGAAGGGAGUCGACUUCACCCUCCCCUUCAUGCAGACGGGUAUCAGCAUCCUCUUCAAGAAGCCCACUCAGAAGGUGACUUCUCUCUUCAGCUUCCUCUCGCCUUUCUCCGGGGAGGUGUGGCUGCUGGUCAUGGCCGCCUACACCUUCAUCAGCAUCAGUUUCUUCCUGGUGGGCAGACUCAGUCCCUACGAGUGGUCCAACCCACAUCCCUGCCGGCAGCAAGACCAGGUGGAGGAAAAUGUCUUCAGCAUACUCAACAGCAUGUGGUUUGCAAUCGGAUCUCUCAUGCAGCAAGGAUCGGAUAUUGCACCAACGGCAAUGUCUACCCGUGCAAUCACGAGCAUCUGGUACUUCUUUUGCUUGAUUAUGAUCUCUUCGUACACUGCCAAUUUAGCUGCUUUUCUAACAGUAGAGAAGUUAGUUUCGCCAAUUGAAAGUGCGGAAGACUUAGCCAAUCAAGUAAAAAUCAAAUAUGGAUGCCUAGCCGGCGGAUCAACCAGUGGAUUUUUUCAGAACUCAAACAUGACCACAUACAAACGUAUGUAUAAGUUCAUGCAGGAGAAUGCCGAAGAGGUUUAUGUUUCAUCGAACAUUGAAGGCAUCAACAAAGUGAAGCAGGGCAACUACGCAUACUUGAUGGAGGCAACUUCUAUUGAGUAUAACAUUGAACGAGAAUGCAAUCUGACGCAAGUUGGAGGCUUGCUCGACAAUAAAGGAUACGGAAUCCCUGUCAGGAAAGGAAGUCACAAACUACGAAACUGGCUGAGCGGUGGCAUUUUGCAACUUCAAGAGGAAGGCCUGCUUCAUACCUUUAAGGAACGCUGGUGGAAGCAAAAGAAGGGCGGAGGCAGCUGCAGCGAAGCUAGUAAAACUUCUGGCAGCGUCAACGAACUUGGACUUGGUAACGUCGGAGGUGUGUUUGUAGUGAUGGUCAUCGGAAUCUGUUUGUCAGCCUGCGUCGGCGUUUUCGAGUUUCUUUGGUUCCAGAGAAAGCUCACAAGGGAUCCAGAGAUGUCUCUGUUCAAACUACUAAUGAGAGAAAUCAAAUAUGCUGUCACAUGUGGAAGUUCUUCAAAACCAGCACCGAAACUAAAGACAUCCAAUGCGAAAGAAAGCGAAGAAAACACUAAAGCACUACCAGGAUACAGCUCAUUUUACUAACGAAACAUACACAUGAGCAUGGAAGACAGAACACAUUUUUGAGUCGACAGUUGCCACCUGCUGCGAAAAAAACUUUUAUUAUUUUCAGUUUUAUUGAAAAGUGAACCUUUUUUAAUUCAUUUUUUCAAAAAAAGUUUGGACGAGUACAGACAGCUCAAAAUUGUUCAGACUGCUAAUAUUUUUUAUAAUCUUGAGUUUUGACAAUGUUCCUGUCCCACAAGCAAUGCCUCAUUUAUUGUAUAAAGUUUGUUUGCGGAAGGAAAUAAAAUAUAUUCUGAUUUACAGAGAUGA